AUGGCUACAGCUUCUUCUGUGGAACAUUUGGAGAGUCACAAGUUCCCUGUUCCUGAGACCAAAGCCAUUAACAAACCUGGAUGGGUAGGUUUGCCACUAAACUGCCUUUGGCUUAAAGUUAGGAGUGAAAAUGCUGUGUUAGUUCCUGACCGUGUUGCCCUGCUUUCAAAAUCCUUUGAGCUCCUCCCUAGUUCUCCUCAGCUGCCUGCCUCCACAUUACCACUCCCAGGUCAUCGAGCAGCAUUUGAACAGAGCCAGAGCGCCCUUUAUCCCUUCCUGGUGUCAGACAGACAGACUGACAGGCAACCCUUCAAGCCCUGGAAGCAAGAACUUCUGCCAUUCUCGGAGGCUGAAACUUCUAAGUGCAGGCCCCUGUUGAUGGACCAGCGGAUUCUGAGAUUCCCUCUGGCCAGAUUCUGCCUGGCUUGGCUCUCCCUGCAGGCCAUAUGCCAUUUUUCCCAGGGUAAGCCGCAUGACUUGCUGGCUGGCAGAGCUGCGGGGCCUCCGCUGGAAGACGCCACCCAAGAGCACGGUUACUACCUGCAGCAGUUGUUUGGGCAGUAUGGUGAGAACGGCACUUUGUCCUUCGAGGGCCUGACCCGCCUCCUGCUAAGCCUGGGGCUGGGGAAAGUGCAGGUGGUAGAGAUUGAACACGAGGAACUGGGACACGGUCAUGUCUCCCAUCUGGAUAUCCUUGAGGUCCAGGAGAACAAGCACCUGCACUCCCACUCAGCGCUGGACCACAUCGGCAAGACAGAGCACGGGGCCGAGACUCAAGUGGAGAGUAUCACCGCCACCAGGCCAGGAUUCUCUCUGCUGGAGCCCGAACUCCAUACCUCAGUGUCUCCUACCUUCCAUGAGGCCAGCCAUGACCUCAAGCCCAGCUUUGGGCAAGGCCGAGAGAAACCUGUCAAGGAAAAAGAGGAAAAUGUUUUCAUGUCUCCCCACGGACAUUCUAAGCUGAACCUUCUGGAGGGCGUCAUUGCCUUGGAUCAUUCGGUCUUCAAUCACCUGCAUGAAGAUUGCCUCAAUGUGUCUCAGCUGCUUGUCAAUUUUGGCAUGAAUACCGUCUCCAAAAUCACCCCAGAGCAGUUCACCCUGCUGUGCCCAGCCCUGCUCUACCAGAUCGAUAGCCGUGUUUGCAUCCAGCACUUGGACGAUGUGACUUUCGACACAGCCGGGAAUUCCCUCUGGAUUGGCCUGGGCUGGGGAUUUUUGGCUAUCACCCUAACCAGCUUGCCUUCAGCACUGGCCAUCAUCUUGGUGCCCCUAUUCAGUCGAGAAAUCUUCCAGUUCCUCCUGACUUUUCUGGUGGCGUUGGCUGUAGGGACAUUAUGUGGGGACGCUUUGCUGCACCUUUGGCCACAUGCACAAGUGGGCUCCCAUGGCUUGCUGUCCUCGGAAGACGAUGGCAUUCUGAAGGGUCUAUGUGUCCUAGGAGGCAUUUACUUUCUCUUCCUCACUGAGAAUCUCAUGGGAACCCUCAACCAAAUUCGUGCAAGGAGGAAACGUGCGGCUAGAAAGCAACCGGAGCAAUCGUCUACUAAGGUGGAUGAGAAUGACGCAGAGAGGACUUUGCAUAGUGCUGAAUUGCAGAGUUUGAGAGUGCCAGAAGAGGACACUGGAAAUGUAUACGGCGAAAUCCAGGACUGCUCCAUUCAAAUUCACAACUCGGAAGAUCACAGGACAAGCCUGGAAAAGCAAACAGAAGAGAUACAUCACCAUGGUCAUUCCCACAGCCCAGCUGGGACUCUCAAGGCUGGGAUAGCUGACAUCGCUUGGAUGGUUAUCCUUGGGGAUGGGGUACACAAUUUCACAGAUGGAUUGGCAAUAGGGGCUGCCUUCUCGAAUGGACUCUCCAGCGGCUUAAGCACUACGUUGGCAGUCCUCUGCCACGAACUACCCCAUGAACUGGGAGAUUGUGCUGUCCUAAUCCGGGCGGGCAUGCCACUCCGAUGGGUGCUGUUGUUUAACCUGCUGUCUGCUUUCCUGGCUUAUUGGGGCAUGGUGUUAGGGACAGUUGUCAGUCAGAACACUUCCCAAGUCACUCCUUGGAUCUUUGCCACCACAGCUGGUGUUUUUCUCUACGUAGCUCUGGUUGAUAUGCUACCCGAACUGUUGCAGCGGCAUUCUACCAGCAGGAAAAAAAGAUCCUUCAGACACUUCAUUCUUCAGAACUUGGGCUUUCUCAGUGGAGGUGGCCUUAUGCUCUGCAUUGCUCUCUUUGAAGAACAUAUCAGUGUCCGCAUGAAUGAGUAGGACAUUUCAAAAGGAGUUCCAAGCUGCAAGGCGAAAUGCACUCCUGGCUCUGUUGUCAGUUAUGACUGUUUCUCCCUAUAGCUGAAAAGGCAGCUGUAAAAUCCUUUACUGUAAUUGGGUAAUCCAAGGAAGUUGGAGAAAACUAAAGAAAGUUUGGAAGAGUGAAAAACUCUUUUGCCAACUGCCCCAAACCUGUGUUAAUGGGCAUGGUGCCAAUAAAACUUUGUGCCAUGAAAAUGUAUGUCUGAUUCAGCCUGCCUGACAUUAUAAACUAAAGCAGGUUGCCACUAAAAUUAGCAUGUUGAAAACCCAUUAUACUUUGUUAAAUGGAAGAGGGGGCAAGUUGUCUUAAGAGAGAGUGGACUUAAUUUAAAUGUAUUGUUUUAACGCAAAGUGAAAUUAUUUAAGAAAGUGUACCUAUUCUAGGUAACCCGUUGGUUCUAGUACGGUACCAGGUACUCAUGGUUCCUGCUGCAUUUUGGUUAAAUAAUGGUUUCAAAAGCAGCAGUUAUCCCAGGUUAGAAAUUUGGGUCUUCAAAGCCACAAACACCUCAGUUAAACCUGAGGCAACAUCCAAGAGGAGCUUGAGAUUUGAUUUUCUGUGAUGGGAAGAGAGGAUUCCUGUAGGUGUGUGCAUGGUACAAAUAUAGAACAGAAAAGCUAGAUAAGGGCUACCUUUUUCCAGCUACAAGAGGCAGAAACAGGAAGACGCUCAGACGCCAGCCCUGCAUUAAUGUCUCCUCUGAAGGAAUCUAAGAAAGUCCUAGAACAAGCAAUAAAAAGCACUUGCUAAAAGGGGAGAUGAAAUUUGUCUUUAAAUUUUAUUUUUUCAGCAGCAUUCAUUGACACUACCAAUAAGAAUAUCUGAAAAAUGUCCCUGCUACGGACACUUCAUAUGCUGCGCAAGGUUGCUGGAGGCAAUGGGGCAGAAUUUCAAUCUCUUAAAUCAGGAAACUUCCAAAGUCUCCAGCACAAAUUGUAAAGAACAAGAUUUCCAAGAUGUCAAGGAAGGGCCCAGUAGUGUUGGAAUAAACAACUGCAAAAGGCAGGAAGAUAAUACAUGGGUAAAAGCAGCUGAGAUACAAGGGGAGGACUGUCCAAGUGGCCUAUUUUAGAGAGGGGGACCUUUUCUGAUAGCCACAGCCAGAACAUUCUUAAUGGUCUUCGGUUUGGGAGGACAUCAUAUUCUAAAGCAGAGGUGGGGAAAGCUGGCCCUUUGAUGACUUUUUUAUUUAUUUAUUUGCAUUUAUAUCCCACCCUUCUCCGAAGACUCAGGGCAGCUUACACUAUGUUAGCAAUAGUCUUCAUCCAUUUGCAUAUUAUAUACAAAGUCAACUUGCGGAUUUCAACUCCCAGAAUUCUGGGAGUUGCAUGAUUGGGUCAGGAAUUCUGGGAGCUGGAGUCCACAAGUCUUAAGAGGGCCAGUGUUCCCCACCCUUGUAAAUCUAAAGAGAAAGGCUCUGGAGUUAUACCCAGGAUACCGAAACAGGCAAUGAUCCCUCAGUAUUUGUGCAGGAUUGCUUUCUGUGCUGGUUGUCUUUGUUUCUGGGAAUCCAUAACUGGUGUGGAAAUAGGCAAUUGUUACAAACACACUCUGGUCAAACUCCCCCUGCUUACUUUCUGGUGACUUUUGGGGGUGUGUGGUGGUGAGAAACUGAGCUGCCAUCAACUUCAGCUUUACUGACCAUUUGAAUUCCAAGUAGGUUGUUUCUAGCAUGGCAGUGGCAGUAGCCACAUUAGACUGUCAUAUAAUUUUCUCAUGCGUUUGUUCUAUCGCUGUUUUAAGUUAGAGUAGUUCGCUGGUAUAUUACAUUCUGAGAUAUGGUAUCACUUGAGUUGAAUUCAUUUCUCAAGUAGCAAAAAUACUCCAAUCCCUCCCCCGUUUCAUCCUAUUCAAGUUUCUCUUAGCACAAAGGAACUGUUACUUUUUACCUAGAAGUAAACCACACUGAAUAGGCAUGUACCUCUAUAGAAAUAUCUUGAAUUCAUGCAGUCAAAACCAAGCUCCUGCAUAGGAAUGGUUUUUUAAAAUAUUUCUGCACCUCAAGGGUGAUUAAAUAGAAUUGCCCUGUCUGGGCUACAAGCCAAAAUGGUAUAAAAGGAUAUUGAUUGGGGGGGGGGGGAUUGUUUUACAGAUUGUAAAAU